CGGGGAAACCGUCACGAGGGAGAGUCCGGAGUCGCUGCGGCUAGGAGCGAGCAGCCCGUGGUGCGCCAGGGCUGCUCAGCGUCCACAUCAGCGCCGGCUUCUUGGGGCACGUCUCCCGGGCCGGCUCAGUCCCAGCAGGCAGCGAGUCAGAGCUUUGAACUCUCCUCUGCCUGCCCAGCUGAUAAAGCAGCGGCUGGGAGCGCGUGGCGGAGUUGCAGACGGACAGGCAGGAGCACGGCCGGGGGACCAGGACACCGUGGCCGAUGGAGCCCCAGCUCGGCGGAGUGGACACUGCCCUGGGCGAGGCAGCAGAGCCCUGCCUGGCUGACCCUGCCGCCAGCUCCGGGAAACUCAAGAAGAGCAAGAAGAAGAUGCUGGAGCCGAAGAAGUGGCAGAGCCUGGAGGAGACGGGGAGCGAUGCCCCCCAGCCAAGGAGGCACCCCAGCCUCUCCAGAUCAAAGACCUAUGACCCAUCCUUCUCCAAAGAGAGCGAACAGGAGCUGACCCUGGGUAGGCAGAAGGCCACCUCGUCCUCUUUAGCCAAGCACCUGGCGAGCUACCAGAAGGCCUUCAAGGAGAUGCCCGAGGAGGAGUCCCUACUGGACAGUGUCUCCUGUGCCUGGCAAAGGGAAGUCCCCUAUCAUGGGCGCCUCUACAUCUCCCAGAACUACAUCUGCUUCCACUGCAGCAUGCUGCUCUGGGACAUCAAGGUGGUGAUCCCCGUCUCCUCCAUCGCCAUCCUCAAGAAGGCCAACACGGCACUGCUGGUGCCCAACGCCCUCAGCAUUCGGACCGCGGAGGGUGAGAAGUUUCUCUUUGUCUCGAUGAGGACCCGGGAGGCCACGUACCAGCUGCUGCGAUCGGUCUGCAAACACCUGCAGGACAGGAGCACGAGCAUCAGCUCCCCGGCCUCGCCCGUCAACACCAGCUACGAGCUCUGCAAGAAGUCUCUGACCUCGAGCCAGUCGGACCUGGAACUGAACCCCCCCGAGUCUGAUGGCCUCCUGGACCAGCAAGAUGGGCUGGGCCCAAAGCAGAGCAGAGAGGACGAGGGCGAGGAGACAGCAGCGCCGAGCAAAGGGGGGGCAUGGCCAGGCACGCAGACAAAGAACAAGCCCAGGGGCUGGUGGGCGCAACUGAGCACCCUCAAUAUCGUCAUCCUCAUCUACCUGCUGCUGGUGGUGGUGCUGCUGCUGUCCUCGGGGUACAUCGGCCUGAGAAUCGUGGCACUGGAGCAGCAGCUGAUGUCAAUGGGGGCCUGGCCGGAGCUCGACCUACACCAAUACAAGACGACCUGAAAGCAGGGAGGAGUCAGGCUGCACUCAGCACCGGACCCUCGUGCCCAAAGGCCCAGGCUUGCUGCUGGCAGAUGCCGCCCCUGCCAACAGGCCGGAAUCCCGUGGCCACUCCUCAGCUCUCCCCCUCGUCCUGAGCUGCGUCUUGCCCUCAGCAGAGCUGGGGCUGAUUUUUAAGGCGACCAGGGGAGGGAAACAAAGCGACAAGGCCUGGCGCAGGAACAGCUCCUGGCUGAUGAAAUGCAGACAGAGCAGUGCUGGUGCCGAUGCAGGGGACAAGCUGAACUUCUCCUUCUGAGCGGUCGGGCACUUAAACCGUGUGCCUUAAAGAGCCCUGUGCUGCGUGUUAAUAGCCCACCAGCUCUCCCUUGGUGACCUGCAGAAGCCGCAGUGCAGCUGGCCCAUUGCGCGC